AUGUAUGAAAAUACUGAUAUUCCGACAAUAUCAUCUUAUCCAUAUGAAACAAUUGUUUCAUCAUCAUCACCUAUACGAUCAUUAUAUGAAAAUAAUAAUACUCAACAAUCUGCUUGUGUAUCAUAUGAAUCAGAUUCAUCUUCUCUUACAAAAGAAAUUUCAAUAAAUAGAUCAUUUACACCUCCAUUUCAAAAGAAAUUACCGAUUAUAUUCGUGGUUAUUUUAGGUUUAUUUGAAAUAUUUGGUGGAUUAAUUGUUCUUAUACUUGAAUUAUUAAUUUUUGAUAUUGCUAUUGGUCUUUGGUGUGGAUUUAUUUAUGUACUUGCUGGAAUAGCUGCUAUUGUACUUGUGAUUAGUACUGAUCGUGAACGUCAUCAAACGUCAACUGUAUUGAUUAUACAAUUUGUUGCUUUUAUGUUUACGAUUACUGAAAUUUUAUUACAUAUUGAUUUUUAUCUAAAACGAUGUAUAACAAAAUUAAAUGAACCAUCACGUGAAGCAUCAUAUCAAUGUUCAAUUCUUCUUAUUCAAAUAGGUGGUGCUACAAUUGUUCUUAUUAGUACAAUUAUUUUUGCAAUAAUAUAUAUUCGAGUAACAAUUAUGGUACUUAAACAACCACAUGGAACUUUUAAUAUAACGAAUGCAAUGAAUUUAACUUGUUAA